GUUAUUGCCGCGAACUUCCACUUGUUGAAGACAAGUUGUCCCUCUAAGAAGCUCCAGCGAACGGAGGGUUCGCGUCGCUAUUUAGCAGGCUGCGGUCUCGUUCGUUAACGGAAUUAACCAGACAAAUCACUCCACCAACUAAGAACGGCCAUGCACCACCACCCAUCGAAUCAAGAAAGAGCUCUCAAUCUGUCAAUCCUCACAAUGUCUGGACCUGGUAAGUUUCCCCGUGUUGAGUCAAAUUAAGCCGCAGGCUCCACUCCUGGUGGUGCCCUUCCGUCAAUUCCUUUAAGUUUCAGCCUUGCGACCAUACUCCCCCCGGAACCCAAAGACUUUAGUUUCCCGAAAGGUGCUGAAGGAGUCACAAAUGGAACAUCCUCCAAUCCCUAGUCGGCAUGGUUUAUGGUUAAGACUACGACGGUAUCUGAUCGUCUUCGAUCCCCUAACUUUCGUUCUUGAUCAGUGAAAACAUCCCUGGCAAAUGCUUUCGCAGUGGUUCGUCUUCCGCUGGUCUGAGAAUUUCACCUCUCUCGGCGGAAUACGAGUGCCCCUGACUGUCCCUGUUAAUCAUUACUCCGGUGUUCGAAACCAACAAAAUAGCACCAGAGUCCUAUUUCAUUAUCCCAUGCUAAUCCAUGCAAGAGCGACUGCCUGCUUGAAACACUCUGAUUUUUUCAAAGUAAAAGACCCGUCUCCCGCGCCCGCUCAGUUAAGAGUAGGCGCGGUCUCCGGGUGGAAGGACGCGCCGGCCAGUGCAUACCCAUCGGCAGACCGGUCGGCCCGCCCCGAAAUCCGACUACGAGCGUUUUAACUGCAACAACUUUAAUAUACGCUAUUGGAGCUGGAAUUACCGCGGCUGCUGGCACCAGACUUGCCCUCCAAUUGAUCCUCGUGAAGAGAUGUAAAUUGUACUCAUUCCAAUUACAAGACUAAAAUAGCCCUGUAUUGUUAUUUCUUGUCACUACCUCCCUGUGUCAGGAUUCGGGCAAUUUACGCGCCUGCUGCCUUCCUUGGAUGUGGUAGCCAUUUCUCAGGCUCCCUCUCCGGAAUCGAACCCUAAUUCUCCGUUACCCGUUAACGCCAUGGUAGGCCUCUAUCCUACCAUCGAAAGCUGAUAGGGCAGAAAUUUGAAUGAACCAUCGCCGGCGUAGAGCCGUGCGAUUCGAGCAGUUAUUAUGACUCAGCACGCAACCGGAGACCGGUUUGGUUUCUUAUCUAAUAAAUACAUCCCUCCGUGAGUCGGGAACUCCUGCAUGUAUUAGCUCUAGAAUUACUACGGUUAUCCAAGUAGCAAGGUACCAUCAAAUAAACCAUAACUGAUUUAAUGAGCCAUUCGCAGUUUCACAGUAUAGUCGCUUAUACUUAGACAUGCAUGGCUUAAUCUUUGAGACAAGCAUAUGACUACUGGCAG